UCCCUCUUCGUUUUCUUGUGUCUUCUUGUCACUCUCUGUCUCCAUCUCUUGUUGCUGGUCCGAUGCGCUCUAAUUUGAUUCUUAUUCUCUUCGAUAGAGAGAUUUCCAAUGAUCUUUGAAGCUUUGGUUCUGUCGAAUGCCGGCGCAUAGAUCGAAAUCGGAGAAGCAUGAUGCUGCGAAGCAGCCUCGUCGAGAUCCCUACGAGGUACUCGGCGUCUCACGUAACUCGACAGAUCAGGAAAUCAAAACAGCUUACCGAAAAAUGGCGCUCAAAUGUCAUCCUGACAAGAAUGCUAAUGAUCCUAAAGCAGCCGAUAUGUUUAAAGAGGUCACCUUUUCAUACAAUAUCUUGUCAGAUCCUGACAAACGGCGUCAGUAUGACUCAUCUGGAUUUGAGGCCAUUGAAUCAGAUAGCCAAGAAUUGGAGUUGGAUCUUUCAAGUUUGGGUGCUGUGAAUACAAUGUUUGCUGCGCUUUUUAGUAAACUUGGUGUGCCAAUUAAGACAACUGUAUCAGCAACUGUUUUGGAAGAGGCACUUAAUGGUGUGGUGACCAUUCGUCCACUUCCCUUGGGGCAUCCUAUAUGUAGAAGGGUUGAAAAGCAAUGUGCUCACUUCUAUUCAGUUACAAUAACAGAAGAGGAAGCACGGGCUGGUUUUGUUUGUCGGGUGCAAUCAUCUGACAAAAGCAAAUUUAAGUUAUUAUAUUUUGACCAAGAAGAGAAUGGUGGAUUGAGUCUUGCACUCCAGGAAGAUAGUGCUAAAACAGGAAAGGUUACCUCUGCUGGAAUGUAUUUUCUUGGUUUUCCUGUUUAUCGGCUUGAUCAAACAGCAAAUUCAAUAGCUGCUGCUAAGGAUCCUGAUACAUCAUUUUUCAGAAAGCUGGAUGGGUUCCAACCAUGUGAAUUAACAGAAUUGAAGGCUGGCACCCAUGUUUUUGCUGUUUAUGGUGACAAUUUCUUCAAAAGUGCAAGCUAUACAAUAGAAGCUCUCUGUGCUUCACCUUUUAGUCAAGAAAAAGAGAGCCUCAGGAACAUAGAAGCUCAAAUCUUAUCUAAACGGGCAGAACUAUCUAAAUUUGAGAGUGAAUAUCGAGAGGUUCUAGCACAAUUUACAGAGAUGACAAACAGGUAUGCUCAAGAAAUGCAAGUGAUUGAUGAGCUACUGAAGCAAAGAAAUGAGAUACAUGCAUCAUAUACCAUUUUUCCACUAAAACGUAGUACAAGUAAGAGUAGGAGUAAAAGUUCUUCCAAGGAGGCGACGGAAGAGAGCCAACCAAGAGAGAGGAGAUUUACAAGAGGCCGAUCAAAGAAGAAAUGGUAUAACAUCCACUUAAGAGUUGACAAGAGAAAGGCUUGCUGAGCGCUUGUUCUAUUGCAGAAGACUUUGCCAAAGUGACAACAUGAUGUUGUUGGGAGGCGGCCCCAUGGAUAUGUCUAUCAUACACGCAUGUCAAGGAUGACAACAACUCAUUGUUUUUGUAAAAAUUCUUCCCCCCCUUAUUUUAAUUUGUCUCGUUUUAGCUCAUCUUCAGAAUGUAUACUUGUAAAUUGUUUGAUUUAUUGUUGAAGCUGGAUCAACUCUUUGCACGGGUUGUAAUUUUGGGUAGAAGUAAAGGAAGCUGUGGUGGUUACUGGUUAGAGCCAGGUACGUUAGUAUUCAAUGGUAGGUCAAAGUAGCUAGCAUGUAAAUGGGCAAGAUAUUUGCCGCUGUCAACAUCGGUGCUUGACAUUUGAUAACUUAAGUACUUUGUUAGAUUUAUCCUGUAUUGGCAUUUUCUUUUAUUCACAUUUUUAAUAAAGACAACCAAUUCCUCGCUCA